AUGAAGGUGGCAAUUGUAACACCAUCAAAUUUAGUCGUUCAAUUAAUAGAUGAUAAACUCGAUGAUACUCUCAGGAUAUCCCGCCCAAGAUGGAAGGUGCCAAGUUUAAGGGAAAUUAUAUAUUACCAUAUAAUAGAGAGGCCAUUUUGGAAGUCCGACGAUACGAGUAAAGAGGUUACUUCUAACGAAGAGGUUCUGGUUUCCAACGAUGGACGAACGUUCACCAAUGGACCAGGAUAUCAGUUUUUAGCUAAUGACGAUGACAAAACCGAACAAUCAGAAAGUGAGAAUGAACCCGAUGUCAAAAUAAAUAGCCAAGAAGAUAUAUUGAAGAGAUCUACUGAUGAGGUAUCAGAAGAUUCACUAAAUGAAUUACCAGUAGACGCAGCACAAAAUGAACUAGAAGACGAACCAAAGGAUGCUCAAGAAGAAGCACCUAUAAACAGACAAGAUGGACAAAAAGACUUGCCAGAAGAUAUAUUAAAAGAUACGCCAAGUGAAUUAAAGGACGCGCAAACAGAUGUACACAAAGAGACACCAGAAGACCAAAAGAAGAUAACAGAAGAUAAACGAAAUGAUGAACAAAAAGACCAAAGAAGACGGAAACGUGAUGUUUUAGAAGAAGACCGACAACGCUUACUACCACUGGUCCCACCAGCAAAACUAUCGGACUACGUGAAAAAUGUCCUUUCAUUAAAUGCAAGGAAGCCUGUAAAUAAACAACCUGAAGCUGAAAGUAACAAUGCCUUGAAAAGUGAGCUAAGUUCCUUCAAAGACGCAGUACAUAACACGCUACCUGCUUAUGUGCCAAGAACUGUGCGUCCGAAGACGUAUGGGAUGGUCUUACGAGGGGACGAUGCUGUCGUUUGGAAUAAUCUGAAUGGCCCGUUAGCGUUCCAUGUUGGACCCAGCAGCAACAGCGUCGAAGACUUAGCAGAGUUAAACAGCGACAGUAAAGAAUCUGAUUCUAAAGAAUCCAACGAAAAGAACCCUUCUUCAUACUCUAGUCAAGAAUCGUUCGAAAAUGUUACUUAUAGUCAAGUAACUGUCCAUGGCUUAGAUGAUAAAAACCCUAUAGACAACAUCGAAGAAAAUUCCAAUGAAAGUGCUUCAGAAGAAACUUCAGAUGAAGAAACUGGUGAUCUUGGCGAAGAAGCUGGUGAUUCUGUCGAAGAAACUAGUGAUUCUAUUGAAUCUAAUGAAAGUUCUGACAAAUCUGGUGAUUCUGAAACCAAUUCAAAAGAAGAUGGAGACGAAACAGACAAGAAUGGGGCAACGAACGAUGUUAUUCAUAAAGUAGAUAAAAUAAUUGACGAUUUACAUAAUAUGUUUGUUAAAGGGAACACUAGUAUUGUUUUAGAUAAAGAUAAAAUACACGUGUCUAGUGUACUUAAUGAUGUUCUAGGAGAUGAUAUUAUUAACAAAGAAGAGCAAAUACUGAAACCUAGUCUUGAAAUUAAAAGCGACGCUACAGGUAAAACUAAUAUAGUAAAUGUACUAGAAGGAUUGUUUACUAAAAUAGUCAAAAACAAAAUAGUUAUCAAUAAUAACGCGGCUAUGUCUGAAGAGUCGGAUAAAAUUGUCGCUGAAAAGGAUGCUGUUAGUACUGAAAAACCUAAAGAUCAAGUUGGUGAUGAAGAUGUUAAAAUUACACCUGAAAAAGAUGAGGAUUCUAAAGAAAAUGAGAAACCAGACGCUGAUGAAGAAAAGCCUUCUGAAAAUGAAAAAAAAGAAGCGACUUCAGAAAGCAUUGAUGAGAAAGUAACCACAGAAAAUCCUGAAAAUGCUGAAGACAAAAACAAUUCAUUAGAAAAACCUGAAAUUCUAAAAGACGACAUACCUGACAUAGCACCUAACAAAGAAGAAAAAGAUGAAGAUUUGGAAAAAGAUUCUAAAGAAAAUAAAGAAGAAUUACAUACAGAAAAAGAUAUUAAAGAAAAUGACGCAGUAGAAAAAGAAAAUAAUGAUAAAGUUCUACCAGACGACGAAGAAAAACGUUCUGAUAGUGAUGAAAAGGAGAAAAAACCUUUAGAAGAUGAUAAAAAGGUUACAGAAGACAGUAAAGAACCUUCUAAGGAUGAAAAAGAAGAAUCAAAGGACGUAACAGAAGCGCCUGUGGAUAAAUUGGAAGAAGAAAAGGAUGCUGUUGAAGAAAAGGAAAAUGAAGAUAACGUAUCGGAACCAGAUAAAGUGAUGGAUUUAAUAAACAAUGAGAAAUUCUGGGAUUUCAUGGGAGACUUGGGCAAGAAAUAUAUCGCGUCUCUGUCAGAGCGCACCAAGAAAUUCAUCAAAGAAGAAAUAACAGCACAAAUAGAAAAAUAUUUCGAAGAACAUAAACCUGAAAUCAAUUUAGAACCAGAAAAAGAAGUGCUGCGCGAAAAGCAACCUAAAAUUGAGCCUCAAAAAGACGAAAUUGAUGUGACAACACCUGAUAACUCUGAUGAAACAGUAACAAAUCCCUCUGAAGCUGAAGAUAGUACAGAAAAACCUAUUGAUAAUGAAAAUAAAGAAGAUAGCAAUAAAGAAGAAGAAGUUAAAAGGACUUUAGAAGACAAAACAGAAGAACACCAAACUGCAGAAGAUAAAUCAAAGGAUAAACCAUCAGUUUAUGUAAAAGCCAAUACUAUAUACGGUAACUCAGUAGGUAGCGACAAAGUAACUAAUGUUUACAUAUUCUAUGGAAGCAAAAACUUAGGUGAUAUCAUGAAAAAUGUAAAAGAUCUUGUAGAUGGUGACGACACUACAAAUAUUUUCGCUUUUGGACCUGAAAAGGGAAAACAUACUAGUCAUAAAAAGGAUAAAAGUCAUAUUUAUGAUGGGGCUGAUAAACUUAGAGAAGAAGAACAACAUAUUGAAAAGGAAUCUCAGGAAAAAGUAGAUGAUAAGGAAAUUAAAGACCAAAUUGAACCAAACGAAGUAAAAAAUGUUGAAGAAAAACCAAAUUCUAAUGUGGACUUAGUAGCUGAAAAAGAUGCUAUUGAUGAUGUAGCUGUAGAAGCAGAAGGAGAUGAAAAACAAGAAGAUUCUUCUAAAAAACAGGACAAACCUGAAAAAUCUGAUAAAGACUUAUCAUCUGAUAAGAAAGAUGACUUAAAAGAAAAAACAGACGUAGAAAAAGAUUCAAAGGAAGUUAAAUCUCAUAAUAAAAAGCCGUCAAAAGAAAAACCUACAAAAACUGACAAAAAUAAAUCUACCAAAAAAGAAAACUCUAAGGAAGGCGAAUCAGUAGAGAAAAAAGAUGUGACUGCAGAAAAAGAGGAAGCAGCUGAGAAAAAAGAGGCAACAGCUGAAAAAGAUGAAAAGAAAGAUAAAUACACUGAUAGUAAAAAUAAACCAUCGGAGGAAAAAGAUAAAUCUGGCAAAAAACAUGAGGCUGCUAAGAAAAAAGGUGAAUCUGCUAAGAAGAAACAUGACUCUGCAAAGGAAAAACAUAAACCUGACGAAAUUAAAGAGGAAUCUACUGAAAAACAUAAACCUAAUAAGAAAAAAGACAAAACUGCUGACGCGACUAGUGAAAAGAAGGAUAAAUCUUCUGAGAAGAAAGUUGAGAUUACUGAGAAAGAAGAUAAUACUGCAGACAAAACAGUUGAAAAGGAAGAUAAAUCUGCAGAAAAAGUAGAAGCUGUCGAGAAAAAAGAUAAAUCUGGCGAAGAAGAUGUAGACGCUGUGAAAAAAGAUGAUUCUGCAGAGAAGAAGGGUGAGUCUUCUGAGAAUAAAGACAAAUUACCUGAAAAGGAUGAAAGUGGCGACAAAAAUGACGAAUCUGCUGAAAAGAAAGACGAAUCCGCUGAAGAGAAAGACAAAUCAGAUGAAAAGAAAGAAGAAUCCGCCGAAAAGAAAGAAGAAACUGCGCAAAAGAUAGAUAAACCCGCUGACAAAAAAGAUGAAUCUACUGAAAAGAAAGAUGAAUCAGAUGAUAAGAUAGACAAAUCAGAUGAUGAGAGAGACGCAUCCGCUGAAAAUAAAGAUGAAUCAAAUGACAAAAAACAUAAACCUGCUGAGAAGAAAGACGAAUCUACAGCAAAAGAUGAAGGUGUCCAGAAGAAAGGGGAGGCUGAAGAGAGAAAAGAUGAAUUAGCCGAGAAACAGGAUAAUUCUGCUGAAACGAAAGAUGAAUCGGAUAAGAAAGAAGAAUCUGCGGAGAAGAAAGAUGAAUCUGCUGAGAAGAAAGAUGAAUCUUCAGAGAAGAAAGACGAAUCUGUAGACAAAACAGAAAAAUCUGACAAAAAAGAUGAAUCUACUGAAAAAAAGGAUAAUUCUGCUGAAACGAAAGAUAAAACGGAUAAGAAAGAUGAACCAAUAGAGAAGAAAGAUGUGGUUGCAAAUAAAGAGGAUGCUGACGAGAAAAAUGACGAAUCUGUAGACAAAAAAGACACAUCUGACAAAACAGACGAAUUUCCUGAAAAAAAUGACGAACUUUCUGACAAAAAAGAGGAAUUAGACGAGAAAAAGGAUAAUUCUGCUGAAACGAAAGAUGAAACGGAUAAGAAAGAAGAAUCUGCGGAGAAGAAAGAUGACUCCACAGAGAAGAAAGACGAGCCUUCUGAUAAAAAAGAAGAAUCUACUGAAUAG